GCUUUUCCAAAGAGAAAUCAUCCAAGAAAGGGAAGGGGAAAAAGAAGCAGUAUCUGUGCCCAUCCAAUUGGGAAAACUAGCAGAGCAGACGAUCAGUGAGGAUGUUGACCCAAACUUCAUUCGACUCUGGCAUCCAAAAUCCUGACUGCAGAGGUUCUCCAAUAAAUUCAAACAUGAAAAGGAUUCUUGAGGAAACAUAUGUUUCCAUAUGCUUGAUGUCCUGCAUGAUUGACAGAAUAGAAGAUAUCAGACAGAAUGAUUUGGAGAAGACAGCAAUCAGCAGAAGACCUUGCAAGAGUUCCUGCUAAUUCCACCAGCAAUAUCUUAAACAGGCUGUUAGUUAGUUAUGAUCCUAGGAUACGACCAAACUUCAAAGGUAUUCCAGUUGAUGUAGUAGUCAACAUUUUUAUUAACAGCUUUGGAUCCAUUCAAGAGACAACAAUGGACUAUAGAGUUAACAUCUUCCUGAGACAGAAGUGGAAUGAUCCCAGACUUAAACUGCCUAAUGAUUUUAGAGGCUCAGAUGCCUUGACGGUAGAUCCCACAAUGUUCAAAUGUCUAUGGAAGCCUGAUCUCUUCUUUGCAAAUGAAAAAAAUGCAAAUUUCCAUGAUGUCACUCAGGAAAAUAUCCUUCUCUUUAUUUUUCGGGAUGGAGAUGUCUUAGUAAGCAUGAGAUUAUCUAUUACUCUCUCAUGCCCUCUGGACUUGACCUUAUUUCCUAUGGACACACAACGUUGUAAGAUGCAACUGGAGAGCUUUGGCUAUACAACUGAUGAUUUACGAUUUAUCUGGCAGUCAGGAGAUCCUGUCCAGUUAGAGAAAAUUGCUUUGCCUCAGUUUGAUAUUAAAAAGGAAGAUAUUGAAUAUGGUAACUGUACCAAGUACUAUAAAGGCACUGGCUAUUACACAUGUGUAGAAGUAAUCUUCACUUUAAGAAGACAGGUUGGAUUUUACAUGAUGGGUGUAUAUGCUCCUACUCUGCUCAUUGUUGUACUGUCGUGGCUCUCAUUUUGGAUCAACCCAGAUGCAAGUGCAGCCAGAGUGCCCCUGGGCAUCUUCUCAGUUCUCAGCUUGGCAUCUGAGUGUACCACACUUGCAGCUGAACUGCCUAAAGUAUCUUAUGUGAAGGCUCUUGAUGUUUGGCUCAUUGCUUGUCUUCUUUUUGGGUUUGCAUCACUGGUAGAAUAUGCAGUGGUUCAGGUGAUGUUGAAUAACCCAAAAAGAAUUGAGGCAGAGAAAGCAAAGAUUGCCAAGGCCGAACAAGCAGAAGGGAAAGGUGGAAAUGCAGCUAAGAAGAACACUGUAAAUGGUACAGGGACCCCUGUGCACAUCAGUACUUUGCAGGUUGGUGAGACAAGAUGCAAAAAAGUCUGCACUUCUAAAUCUGAUCUGCGAUCCAAUGACUUCAGCAUUGUUGGAAGCUUGCCAAGAGAUUUUGAAUUAUCAAACUAUGACUGUUAUGGAAAACCCAUUGAAGUUAAUAAUGGGCUUGGGAAAUCUCAAGCAAAGAAUAACAAGAAGCCUCCUCCUCCCAAACCAGUCAUUCCAUCAGCAGCAAAACGAAUUGAUCUCUAUGCCAGAGCAUUGUUUCCUUUUUGCUUCUUGUUCUUUAAUGUUAUAUACUGGUCGGUGUAUUUAUGAUAAAUCUCUUUCCACUUGUGAAGAAUUGCAUCCCAUCUGGGCUCCCAUCCUGAAGACCAAUCAGUGAAAUGAUUUGCAUUCUCAGAGCAAUAUAUUGCAUUUUAGAUGCUGUGCAAUUGUAAUGAAACUAUGGCAUCUUAAUUGUGAAUGAAUGCAUGGCACUGUAAUGUCUGUGCUCUAAACAACUAGUGUCUAUAAAUGUACAGCAUAUACAUCCUGCCCUAGGACUAUAUGAGGGAAUCCUGCAUACUAAGGAACUUAUUAAACCCAGAUAAUUCUCUUCUGAUAAUGAAACUGAAGUGCACGCCAAAUCUCCUUACAGUUAACGCUCUAGCUUACGUAGUAUUUCAAAGCUCCUUCCUUGUAACUUUCAGAUAAAGCCAUCUUUUUUCUUGUAUGAUUUUAGAUGGUAUUGUUGAAGAGCAAGCUUUAAUUGUAAUUCAUAUCAUUUCAACUUUGUAAGUGGAGAAGAUACAGAUCAAUAAAAAAUAAAUAUCAGAAAAUUACUAAUUUUGUAAAAUCAGCUCAUUUAAAAGCUGCAGCACACCAUAUGAGAAAGGAAAAAAACUUGAGUUGAAGUACUUAUAUGGGUUCCAAUGAAGUAACUCAAAAAAUGGGCACUUAAGAAAUAAUCAUAGGAGUUAAUAAAACCUAUUUGAUCUGGUUUCAAAGAACUCAUACUUUUAAAUAGGAGGGUUGAAAUAUUGAUAUGUAGUUUACCAAACCAGAAUGCCUUUCAAGGAAGAAAGCUAAAUUUUCAUUCUGUACUUUACAGGUUAAACCUAGGAGUGGUUCCUCCUCCAACAUAUGCUUUACUCCCCUUUAAUUUCUGGAAGGUAAGCAACCACCAUUCACUAGCUGGAAAAUCGUAGUAGAUUUACAAAUAAAAAUCUGCAACUAUCAAAAAUUUUUAGCUUCUGUGAAGAUGUAAUUAUUGUAAACAGGAAAUUUAGAGAUCUACC